AUGGAUGAAGGAUGGGUUGUGUUAGAUCCUCGUUUCAAAUUGAAGUAUGUGAGAUUUUGUUUUGGAAGAUUGUAUGAUGUUGAAGAAGCUGAAAAUUUUACAAUUAAGGUUAAAGAUACUUUACUAAGGUUAUUUGAGCAUUAUAUAAAUGUUGAUGAGAAUAUUGAGGUUGUUCAUAGUGUUGGAACUAGUAUAAAUGAAAAUAUGAAUGUUGAUUUAAUGGUGCUAAAUGAUGAUAUGUUGGAUGACUUAGCUUCUCAAUUCAAAAAACAUUUAGAGGAAGAAGGCAGUGUCCAAAAGAAAAAUGAGGUUGAGAGGUAUUUGAGUGAUGAUUGUGAGGAUCCGAAUGAUUUUAAAUUAGAUAUUUUAGGUUGGUGGAGGUGUAAUGCUACAAAAUACAAGAUUCUUUCUAAGGUGGCACAACACGUGUUAGCCAUCCCGGUAUCUACAGUUGUUUCUGAAGCAGCAUUCAGUACUGGUGGUCGUAUAUUAGAUCCAUUUCGAAGCUCUUUAUCUCCAUCGACAGUGCAAGCACUUGUUUGUUGUCAGAAUUGGUUAAGUUUAGCACCAAUUCCAAUCAACAUUAGAACCUUCAUGGAUUAUAUUGAAAAUUCUGAAAUGAUUGAGUCAGAAUUUGGUGAAAAUUUAAAAAUCUCAACUGAUUAUUUGUAA